CAUUAAAUAAUUUAAAGAUAUUUUGUCAAUAGACAUAAGCAUAAAUGGAUUUAAAUAUUCUAGAUCUAAAUGAUGAUUGCAUCGCUUUUAUACUGAAAUGUCUGCCGAUUGACAAUCACAUGAACUUUGCCCAGGUUUGCCCGAGAUUUCGUUACAUUUGUCAGGACUAUCGAAUGUUGGUAUAUAAACGUCUGGAACUUGGAGAUACAACGGCUGAUGGAUUUAAGCAGGAAUUGCUCUUACUGCGCCAAAUAGCCCCACAUGUGAAGCAUUUGGUUGUAAACUUAAACAGGCACUUUGCAUGGAAUGAAAUUUUUAUGACAAAAGUCCUAAACGGGCUUAAAAGCAUGAUAAAUCUGGAGCGAGUAAUAUUGUGGAUAAAAGACAACGAGCCUUAUGAGACCCUUCAGCCAUUUAUUCAAACACUUGAACAUUUGUCAAAUAUGAAAGGCCUUGCAACCUAUCAAGAUACUAAAAUUGUUGAUAUUUUGUAUCAGUUUAGUGACUGCAAAAAGUUUCGAACGGAAUCCAAAAUGAGUAGAAGCCCGCUGAUAGAAUACAUGGAAUGCCAUACAAAGAUACGUCUAUUGACAUUUAACAAUGCUCCAAUUCACUCAACGUUAACCGAUCUUGUAAAGCACUCAACUUGCAUUAACGAACUCAGUUUUCGAAUGACACAAAGGCCUGAGGAGUACACUCCCCUUGCUGAGCUUCCAAAGUUACAGAAGCUACAGAUUUUUGGUAAUUGGCAAUCUCAUAUGGAUCAUCGCCCGGACUUAAUGCCUCUGGUUGCCGCUGUGUCCUCAAAGCUAUCACACCAGCUACGCAGUUUGACCAUCAAUGCACCAGGCUUAGGAUAUGCGGAAACUUUGCAAAUAAUACGCAUUAAGGGAUUACAAGUACUGGAUUGUAAUUUCAGCGAAUGUCAAUGUCUAGAAUUGUUGGUUCACCUUAAGGAACUUACACAUCUUCAUAUUCAUCUGCCGAGCUCCCAAAACUUUGAUAGACUCUUCUUGAAUUUAGUUGAAAAUUGUCAAAACCUUAAAGUCCUGACAAUAGACUCACCUAGUCUUAAUCGUAACGUUCUUCUCGAGGCAUUCAAUGUACUACAAAGGGGGAAAGACUCUAGAAAGACGCCAAAUAUAGUCAUGCUCGGUGAUAAGGCAAUAAAAUUAGAUCAAGAAACUAGAAAGUGCCUAACGAUUAACUGGUGACGUUUGCUUUUAUUCGUUCAUUAUAUGUACCUUUACAAUAUCAAGUAUAUUAAGUAAAAAUUAAGUAUAAUAUUUUAAAUCGUCUUUUUAUUCAGCAUAAUAAUGGAAUUUACAUAUUUUGAUCUUUAACAUACAAUAUAAGUAUUUAUAAUUUUAACAAACAAUACAACUUAAUGACUACCAUGAAUCCUUGCCCCAACGGCACAUGGAACUGGUCAAGCAAGACUAGAAGUCUUUAUGUAAUCAAUUAUCCGAAUCCAGUUCCAGCUAGUCAGGCAUGAAAGAGCAGCAUUACUAGCUCUAGCUUUAAGCUCUAAGAUAAGUAUUAAAAUAAGGAUUAUAAAAUGUAUAUUAUGUUAUUAUAGUAGGUAAUUUGGGUGUUUUUUUUUUUUGUUGGGAAAUGUGUCCGCUUUGUCGAUGGAUCAUAAUAGAAAGUCCACCUUA